CUACUACUCCAUUCUCAUCUUCUUCAAUCACCAAUUAAAUACAUUCGUUACAGUUUAACUUGGAGCAACAACUGCAUUUGGAAGCAGAAGACAAGAAAGCUAGGAAAUGUCAUUGUCUAUGUCACGAUUUAUUUCCGCCUCACGAACACUCCCGAAUCCAUAUUCAACAUCUCUCACAUUUCAUCCAACUUCUCAUUCAUCGUUGUUCUUAAAGAACAAAGCUUCCGCGUCAUAUAGCCAUCACGGUUCCAUUUCGUGCGCACGACGGAACUUUGUGGUACGUAGCAAUCUUACUCCACCUCCCGGAGUUCCUCUUCCUUCUGGACCACCUUCUGGUUCUAUGAGAAAUUGGAUUGUGGGGAUCGUGUUAACAUUUGUUUUACCCUUUAUCACACAUAAAUGGGGGCCGCUAAUUGUUCUAAAAAAUAAAGUGGAUACCGUAGUCGACACGGCGGAGUAUAUAAUGGAAACCAUCGAAGAUGUGGCGGAAAGAGUUGACAAGGUGAUCGAUAACAUUACCGACGAGCUUCCUGAAAAUAGUAGACUACGAAAAACCAUGGAAGCCGUUGACGGAGUGGUGGAAGGACUAGCAAAGAGUGCUCAUCUUGCUAACGAUAUCAUCGAUAAGGUGGAAGAAGUUGAAGAUAAACUAGAGUCAUUGAUCAUCCAAGAAGAAGUCAAAGAGAAGGAGGAGGUUUCCAAGCAAGUUGAAGGCAAGGACCGAGUUUCAACUACAAGCGUGGUUUCCAAGCAAGUUGAAAGCAAGUUGUAGCCAUGGAGAUUCAAAUACAGUAACUUUGAGUUAUUUGUAAAGCAGGUGGUCGUCAUAAAAUUAGUCGGUUAAUAUAGCAGAUUGGAUAUCCAUGUUAAUAAAAAUAAAAAGUAUGUUCCUAUCCAAAACUAAAAAAAAAGUUGGUCAACGUUCUAAGGUUUGGCUUAGAAUUAGGUGAAUGAUGCUCCUUACUUCAUUAGGUAGAAGGAAAUUCAGUUGGUUUAUUUUGUUUCUAAUAUAAUUUUAUUUAU